AUGCCGAGUCGCGCCGCCUCCGUGUCCAAGCAGGCGCAGACCCUGGGCAGGACGGCCACCAUCCGCAGCGUCCCCAGCUUCGAGGGCUCCGAGACGAGCCCCGAGAGCAACCACGCCAGCGGGCUCUCCAGCAGCGUCACCAGCAAGGCCAGCAAUCUGUCCACCGUCGACGAGGCCGAGACGGCGAAACCCAGCCCCGACAGCACGGCGAGCGAGCCGGUCGAGCGUGCCCACGACGGUAGCGGGAACAACGGCGCCGUUAGCAAUGGCAACAGUGCCGCCGCCGCCGACGCCGAGCCUGCGAUGGCCGACCCGGCGCUAUCGUCAGCGGUGCCCCUGGACGACCACGGCGACGACCAUGGCGACGGCGCCCAGUGGGACUCGACCAUUGGCAAGGCCGGGCUGGGCAAGACGGGGCGGGUCAUCAACAAGCUC